GGGAGGGACAGACACACCGCAUCCCGGUGCCCCCGCGGCACCCUCCGCCCGAGGAAGGAGUGCCAGACGCGGCCGGCCCUGCUGCCGUUCCGCCCCGCUCCGGGCGCGGGGAGUCGGUCCCGCCAGUCCCUUCCCGCGCCGCGGGGCCGCCGCUCCCCGCCGAGGUGGAGCAGCGGGGUCGCCGCGCCCCUCCCGCGGCGGGUCGUGUGUCCUCCCGGCCGUGGCCGCUGUCGGUGCCGCCGGAGCCGCGGCCGGGCCGGGCCCCCCGGAGAGCUCUCCCCGGCCGCCGGAGCCGCUCGGCGCGAACAAAGGCGGCGGGCGGGCGCGGCCCGCUGGGGCAGCGCAGCCCGCGGGUUGGGAGCUCUCCUGUUGCGCCGGGACUGGAACAAACCCCGGAGAGCGCUGACAGUGGCCGGGCCGGGGCCCGUCCUCUGCUCGCGUCCCCCCGGGAGGAGUUUUUGGGGCUUUCCGCGCCAACAGGUGCGCGGUGACUUCUGUCGUUCCUCCAGCCCAGGGAAGGUGCCUGCGCGCCGUGCCUUCGGUGUGCCCGGGCAGCUCCGGCAGGCAGCGCUGGAAGUGUUUGUUACGGAAAGUCAGAACUGUCUUAUAGGAAGUGGGAAAGAAACCCCAAACCAACCCCACAACCAAAACCAGCAACGAAACUCGAAUAUUGUCGACUGUAGUGACCAAAAUCGAGUGUCAAAAGUUUAUCUUGGUUUAAAUCCUGUUGAUAAAUCUGAAUUUAUUGGUAAGAUGCUCUUCCUGCGGUAAGGUUUUUGGAUCUAUUCUUUACUGAAGUAUCUGAGAGAACUGUAAACCGAAGUCUUCCAGCCCUGUUUCUUAAUCUCCUGGGGAAGUGAAAUGACUUCACAAAGAGUUUUUGUUCUCUCCUGUUUCUUACAUGGAUUUAAAAAAAAAUGUAGUACAGCUGUGAAAAUAAAAAGUAAAUCUUGAAAACUAUCUUACUAUUUUGUGGAUAGGGAAGAAGUGGGAGGAGAUGCAACUAAAUACCGAGGGAGUGGCAUAUCCGAAAAGUGGAUGUUCAGGAUAACAUGUCCAAUGUCUCGGAAGAGAGAAGCACUAGACAACAGGACAUUAAGAAAGGACUCCAAUUUAUAGAAUCCACUUUGCCCUAUCCAGGGACGCAGGAACAAUAUGAGUUAUUUAUACGAGAUCUUGUUAGGAAUCUUUUUCAUGAAGGAAAUGAUGUAUAUCGAGAAGGUGAUUGGAGAGGAUCACUGAGUCAUUAUACAGAAGCUAUAAACAUAGCUGAUUAUGCUAAUUCAGAAGAAAUCCAUGUUUCUGAUGAUGUUUUAGAGAAGCUGCACGUGAACAGGAUUGCGUGUUUUUCAAAUAUGGGUAUGCAUGAAAAAGUUCUAGAGGACUGUGAGAUAGCAUUAAGAUUGAAUGAAAACAAUUUCAGAGCUCUCUAUCGCAAAGCAAAAGCUUUGAAUGAAAUGGGAAGCUAUAAGAAGGCUUAUGAUGCUGUAGCAAAAUGUUCUCUUGCUGUGCCACAGGAUGAAAGUGUGAUUAAGCUUACCCAAGAACUAGCUCAAAAACUAGGGUUAAAAAUAAGGAAAGCAUAUGUUAGAGCAAAGCCACCCUCGUCAAAUUCAGUUUGUAGUGAUGUGUCAACUCAGAAUUCUUCUGUAGAAGAUAUUGAGUUAGAUUUAUCUGACCAGAAACAAGAGAUGGUUUCUGCUGCUUCUUCAUCAAACUUUGUUUCUGAAGUGUCUAAAGUGUCACCAGUACCUGUACCACCUUUACGUACUGUUAUGCCUCUUCAGAUGGAAAAGGUUCCUUUGCCUUCUACAGUGUUGGCAAAUGGAGGGAAUGUUUCUUUCUCUAUGCCAGAAGCAUGUUUAGAUUGUGGAGAUGGAGAUAUAAUUAUUGGAGAAGAACUUGAUGAGUUACUUGAUUCUGUGCCUGAUCCAGAGGAAACUGUAAUGCAAACUACAGGAGCCAGAGGACCCAUUCCUGCAGGGAGUGUAGCUCCUAGUGUACCUUUCUCUGCCUCUUUGUUGGGGACGCUGCCAGUUACUGCAGGAUUUGUUCCUCCAGCUUCCCUUUCAGAAAUCUUUUCACAGCCUUUGGCUUCUUCACUGGAAAACUUCUGUUCACCAUUAAGCACUUUUUCAAUCAGUGACCCAAAAGGAGACAUCUCAAGUUCAGCUUCUAGAGAUGGAACACCAACACUUAACAGCAAUAAUUCCCCAUUGUUUAUAAAUGGUCCUAGUAGUUUGUUUGGGUCCGAAAAUUACAUGGGAAUUGCAGGCCAAACUAGAAAUGACUUUUCCAAUGUUUUUAGCAGUACAACUGCUAAUAUACCUGUAUCUCCGGCACUGGCGGGAAGGAACCCACUGGAAGGCACACAUGAGCUAAGACAGGCCUGCCAGUUAUGUUUUGUCAAAAAAGGUCCUAAAUUAUUGGAUUACGCUUACCAUCCCAAUUUAGAACAUAAAUGUAAGAAGGAUAUUUUAAUUGGCAGAAUAAAAAACUCUGAAGAUAAAUCAUGGAAAAAAAUACGUCCAAGACCAACAAAGACACAGUAUGUGGGACCAUAUCAUAUAUGUAAAGAUGUGGCUGCUGAGGAGGAAUGCAGGUACCCAGGCCACUGCACGUUUGCCUACUGCCAAGAGGAGAUCGAUGUGUGGACGCUGGAGCGCAAGGGAGCCUUCAGUCGAGAAGCUCUUUUUGGAGGACCUGGGAAGAUCAACUUGACUGUGUCCCAGCUUCUUCAAGAAUACCACGGAUUAUUUAUGUUUCUUUGUGAGAAAUGUUUUGAUCACAAGCCCAGAAUAAUAAGCAAAAGGAACAAGGAUAACUCAUCUUCUUGUUCUCACCCUGCUAUGCAUGACUUUGAAGAUAACAAGUGCCUUGUCCACAUUUUGCGAGAGACUAUGGUGAAGUAUUCCAAAAUCCGUCCUUACCAAGUUCGGUGUCAGCUUGACCUGUGCAGACAUGAGGUGCAUUAUGGCUGCUUACGAGAGGAUAAAUGCUUUUAUGCUCACAGUCUGGUAGAGCUUAAAGUCUGGAUAAUGCAAAAGGAAUCAGGUAUUUCACAUGAUACUAUAGUUCAAGAAUCAAAGAAGUACUGGCAGAACAUGGAAGCUAGUGCACAUGGAUCACAGAUUCCUGGGAACCAAAUGAAAUAUGGAUCGCUUAAUUUGAAGAUGAAGUUUGUGUGUUGGCAGUGCUGGAGAAAUGGUCAAGUUAGUGAGCCAGACAGAAACAAAAAAUACUGUAGUGCAAAGGCAAGACACCCAUGGAGCAAAGAUCGCCAUGUGGUGCUGGUAAUGUCUAAUGAACGUAAGAAGUGGAUGACCAUUCGUCCUCUGCCUGCAAAGAAACAAGUGCCUCUGCAGUUUGAUUUGUGCAAUCAUAUGGCUUCAAAUAAGAAAUGUCAGUAUGAUGGAAACUGCUCAUUUGCUCACAGUCCUGAGGAGAGAGAGAUGUGGACCUAUAUGAAGGAGAACAGCAUUCAAGACUUGGAGCAGUUGUAUGACAUAUGGCUAAAAACUCAAAAACCAGAAAAAGGAGAUGAUACAGCUGCUCAGGCAAACAGAGAAAAUGGGAAGCAAAUUCAUAUGCCAACUGACUAUGCUGAAGUUACAGUGGAUUUUCAUUGUUGGAUGUGUGGGAAGAACUGUAAUAGCGAGAAGCAAUGGCAGGGUCACAUUUCUUCUGAAAAGCAUAAGGAGAAGGUUUUCCACACUGAGGAUGAUCAGAACUGCUGGCAGUAUCGCUUUCCAACUGGAUAUUUUAGCAUUUGUGAUAGAUAUAUGGCUGGUACUUGCACUGAAGGAAACAACUGUAAAUUUGCCCAUGGAAAUGCUGAACUCCGUGAGUGGGAAGAACGAAGACGAGUUUUAAGAAUGAAACUCAGCAAAGCAAGAAAAGACCACUUGAUUGCUCCCAGUGAUAAUGACUUUGGAAAAUAUAGUUUUUUGUUUAAAGAUUUAAACUAAUACUGAGAUGACACAUACAUGUUAUCAGCUGGAAGCAUAAACCAGAAAAUUUGACAAUAAUCAAAAGCAUGUGACAGAAAAGCUGCAGGUUUUCUGCUUUUAUUGGCAUACAUUGUUCCUCCUGAACAGCAAAGUAUGGUAGAUUUAGGGGGAUGGAGCAGACCUGUCUAUGCUCUCAUGAAACAGAGUGGUGAUUAAAAAAAUCUGAAGUAUUAUGUGCUUACUCACCUCCUGUUGGACAGAAAGUUAGGCAAUAGAAGGGGGGAAGAGUGGUUAUAAUAUCUAGGAAGCCCCCUAGUCUCAGACCUUCAGUUGAAAAACUUUAAGGUAUCAAGGUAUUGCAAAAGAGAGUGUUAGUGGGCUAAGAAAAUGAUGGAUGAAAAUUCUUCAGAUCUUUUAAUGGAGAGGAUUUGUUUAAAACAAAGUUUGCUACUUAUCUAUAUGUAGGUUGCUAAAAAUGAUUUUCUUAUUAAAGAUUUUAAACAAAAUAACCAUUUAACUACAAUAUACGUUGAAUGGGUAUUUUUUCUCUAUUUGUAUGUUUCAAUAUAAUUUACUGAAAAAGGAUCUUGAGAGGAAAAAAGUAUUAAUUUUUGAAAAUGAAGUAGUUAAAAUUCUGUUUCUUGGUCUUUGCUGUUUAAAUGAUGAUUUUGAAAGAUUACACUUGUAUGUCAGUAUUGUGUAUUAUUGUAUGGACUAAUGUUACCUGUAAUAAAGAGAACUUUACACAAAGCUGUUUUCUGCAUGUAGCCUCUCAGGAUUGAGAUUUUGUAAAAGCAAUGAUUUGCCAGUUAGCAAAAGCUUGAGCACCUGUAGCUAAACAUUCACUGAGUUGGUAUUUGUGUUGCUAGUGGCUUGUUUGCAGUUCUGUAUUGUCAUUAGCUCAUGGCAUCACUGAAGUAACAGAAAUGGCCAGUAAGUUGUGAUGUAGGCAGGCAGUUUGGAGCUAUGUGGUGCUGGGACACGUUUUCAGCCUUGGACAUGGACAUGAAUCACUGCCUCAGCUGCACGGUGGAUGGUGCUUCCCAUUGCCUUUCCUGCAGAGCACAGGAAAUGGAAAAUAAGUUGCAGGCUGAGGUGACUCCUGACUGCUGAGCCUUUGGGCUUUCCAGUCACUGGAGCUUCUGUUGUGUUUUGGCUUCUCUGCAGAGCCUACUUUCAGCUUUCUUUGUGUUUGCUUAUUUCCUUUUUUUUUUUUUUUCCCCCUCAACUAAGUUUCUUUCAGCCAUUCAUUCAAAAUAAUUAAAACUAGAUUUCUUUUUCUCUCCUUCCUCCUCCAGACUUCCCCCCACCCCUUCCAGGUACUUUUCUCUGGUCCUGGCUGAUCUUACAUAAUUAGAAGAGCUUUAACAAUGACCUCAGUAGUUCAAAUGUAGGCAUUGGGCAUACAUUAGCUAUGUAAAAAGUGUUGAACCAAAGUUCAGUGAUAACCCAUACAGGACAUGGAUACUGUGUCCCUUUCACUUCACAAAAGCACAACAAAUUUGAAACCAACACCUCGUGUGCUUCAGCCAUAGGUUGGGGCUCUUGCGAAGUGACUGCUCCCCCAGGCUGGGCUGCAGUACACCAGAGUAGGACACUAGCUUGGUGCUUGAAAUGCCACCUGCUGCAGUGCUGAUUUUUUACAUUGUAAUAAAGUGAGUGUGAGACAGAGUACUGUGGACACUGUUAUUUGUGUGACAAAACCUGAUUGUAUCGUGUGCCUUUCUGAAUUGUUUUCUCAAUUUUAUGCUUUCGUUGUUUAAUGUAAGUGCUCUGUAAAUCACUGGAAGUAAUUCUAGACAAAACUAAACAUGACAUCCUUGUUCUCUAA